AUGGCGGUAUGUUCAGCUGCAACCGAAGAAUUCAAUAACCUCGUUUCCAAAGCUUCCUCUAGUGAGAAAUCUAUACAUCAUCCUGCCGAUAUUAAAGACUACGCAUACGAGCACGAAGACGAAGAGCAUAGCGAGGAAGUUCAGCACCUACGGAGCACGAUUGAUAAGACAAUGCGAAUGUCAGUCUGCAACCGACAGUUGUGUCUUCCACACCGAGACUUUGACCGAGGACGAACGACGGGAGUGAAGGGCGUAAUUGCUGACGCUAGGUCAUAUGAGGAGGCAAAACGAAACGUGGAAUCAAGAGGGAAUCCCGGCGCAUCUCGGAAUCAAGUAACUGUGAAUAGUGCAAGUGCAACAUCGCUGCUACGAAAUGAAGAAGGAGCCAGUGAUCCAGACGAUGACGACUUUAUUAAGAUGUGGAGACAACAACGUCACAUGGAACUUCAGGGUAUGGGACGUGAUAUUCGAAAUCGACGAACGAGUCCUAGUAUGAGACGUUUUGGGCGAUUCGACCAAGUGGACGCCAUGGGAUAUUUAGACGCUAUAGAAAAGGUUGCACGAGAGACGAUUGUCGUUGUAUUUGUCUAUGAUCCAGAGUGUCCAGUCUCGCAAGCCAUUACCGAUGCUUUAAAACCAAUUGUCUCUGAUCACCCAGCAAUUCACUUUGUCCGCGUACAUUAUGUGGACAUCGAAUUCGAUAACGCUGGGGUACCCGCCAUACUGGCUUACAAAGAGCAGGGCAAACUUUUUGCUAAUCUUACUUAUAUUAUUGAUCAAUUGCCUGACGAUGCAUUUGUCAACACACAAGCCCUCGAGAGUGUGCUUAAGAGACAUCAUAUAUUGAAACCGAUCUGA